CAAUCAGACCGGAGUCGGUCUUGGAGCGCUCGCCAUCGAGCAACGGUGCGUCGCGCGAUCGACGCCUCCACAACGAGAGGGCACGGUGCCGGCGGCGGCGGAGUGGCCAGACUUACGCAAGACUAGACGUAGAGUGCUUCCUAGUGCAGAAGUGGUGCAGAAGGUGCUGGCCGGCGGAGAAUCUCAAAAGAACGCGAUCAUUGCGGCCAGAGAGGCGGCAGGAGCGGCGGCGGCGGCGGCGAUGCGGGGGCGCGCGGCGUAGCGGGCGGCGCGCCGGCGUACGCGCAGCACCUACACCCGCGCGACGGGCGUUCAUUGAUCAGGCGACGGCGGCGGCGGCGGCGGCGUGCGUGCGCCGUCCAUCUUUGAGUUCGGCCAGUUACGAGUGCGGUGCGUGUGUCGUGACAUGAGAUGUCCCGCGACGCGUACGUGGGGGGCAGCCGCUCGCCGCGCGGCGUGAGACUGCCCACCGUCGACCGGUCGCCCAGCCGCGGCGUAUACCCCGGCGGAUCACCCGUCGGCCUCUCCGGUGUCGGCGUCUGCGGCGGCCGCAAGCCGCUGCGACAGACGCGCUCCGGCAACAACUCGCCCGACCACGGCUACGGACUCGGCGGCGUGGCGGGCGGCGGCGGCUACGGCCACGGCUACUACCGCGACGACGAGCUCGCCAGCCCCAUGCUGAUGGAGGAGCGCGGGCGGCCGCUGGCGGUCGGCCCCGGCCACCACCGGUCGCGUUCUGCGACGCGCCCGGCCAACCCCAUGUCGGUGCGCUACCAGUCGCUGGACCGCGGUGGCGUAGACCACGACCGCGAGUUCCUUCCGAUACGCGACCGACGCGACCGCAGUCUCGAGCGCAGCCUCUACUUCGACGAGGACCCAUAUCCGCGCUCGGCACGUCAGUCGCCCACCAGUCAUCAGCCCUUCCUCGGCGAGCUGCAGCACCAAAACUCCGACCUGCAGCGCGAGCUUGGCAAUCUCAAGAAGGAGCUCGAGCUCACCAACCAGAAGCUCGGCUCCUCCAUGCACUCCAUCAAAACUUUCUGGAGUCCUGAGCUCAAGAAGGAGCGCGCGCUGCGCAAAGAGGAGUCGGCGAAAUACAGCCUCAUCAAUGACCAGCUCAAGCUGCUCAGCAGCGAGAAUCAGAAACAAGCAAUGUUGGUACGCCAACUGGAGGAAGAACUCCGCAUGCGAAUGCGUGGCCCAAGCAUCGAAGUCCAACAACAGAUGGAAGUCAUCUAUCAAGAGAACGAACAUCUGAGCCGCGAGAUCGCCAUCCUGCGCGACACGAUCAAGGAGUUGGAGCUGCGCAUCGAGACGCAGAAGCAGACGCUGCAGGCACGCGACGAGAGCAUCAAGAAGCUGCUGGAGAUGUUGCAGAACAAAGGAAUGGGCAAAGAAGAGGAGCGCGCCAUGUUCCAGCAGAUGCAAGCGAUGGCUCAGAAACAGGAGCUGCGGCUCGCCAACGAGACGUUGCGCACGCUGCAGUCGCAGCUGGAGCUGGUGCCGUCGCCGUCCGGCAGCACCGUCCGCGUGCUGCUCGACACGAAGGACGCGCGCAUCGCGACCCUCGAACGCGAGGUGCGCUUGCUGGAGGACGAGGUGGAUCGGCUCGGCGGCGGCGACGCCACGGCGCCGUUCAAGCGUCAACUGGACGAGUUCCGCGUGGAGAUCCAGCGGCGCGACCAGGAGAUCCUCGCGAUGAGCGCCAAGAUGAAGACGCUGGAGGAGCAGCACCAGGACUACCAGCGGCACAUCGCCGUGCUGAAGGAGUCGCUGUGCGCCAAGGAGGAGCACUACAAUAUGCUACAGGGUGACGUCGAAGAAAUGCGCCAGCGACUGGAGGAGAAAAAUCGGCAGUUCGAGAAGAAAACCGGUCAGCAUCAACAAGAGCGACAGCGGGCGGGUGCUGAGGUCGCCGAGAUGCGCGAACACAUGGACAUUAAGGAUCGCAAGAUUAAUGUCCUGCAAAGAAAGGUGGAAAACUUGGAAGAUUUAUUGAAAGAAAAGGAUAAUCAGGUGGAUAUGGCGCGCGCACGUUUGAAUGCCAUGCAGGCGCAUCAUUGUUCAUCUGAAGGUGCGCUUUCUUCGCUGGAGGAAGCCAUCGGUGACAAGGAGAAACAAAUGAAUCAGUUACGUGAACAGCGUGAUCGCGCCGAACAAGAAAAAGCAGAGGAACGCGAUUUGCACGAGCGGGAAAUCGCUGAAUACAAGAUGAAGAUUCAUGCAUUGAAUAGUGAGGUAGAGAAGUUGACGGUGCGUUUGGAACGAGCCCAGAGCGACAGGGAUAGACUGGAGACGAAAUUGGAGAGUUCGCAGUCUGAGUUGGGAAAAUCCAAGGCCGAGUUGGACAAGUUCUCCGUGGACGUCGGCCGCAGCUCAGACUACGAGGCAACGCGCCAACGAUUGGCACGCCUCGAGUUGGAGAACGAACGCCUCCGCGCGGACGUGGAACGCGCCGAGCGCUCGGAGCGUCAGCAGAUGACCUCCUCGUUAAGUCGCAGUGCGUUGUCGCGCUCGCAGGAAUUCGAUACCAUGUACGACCGCAGCGACAAGACCUCAUCGGAUCUGCGCCGUUGUCAGGCCGAACUGCGCGUCACGCAGGCGGACAACGAACGCGCCAAAUCCGAGGCCACAGCGCUGCAAGAGAAAUUGGAAAAGUCGCAGGGGGAAGUAUACCGCCUCAAGGCACGCCUGGAAAAUUCACACCAAGAACAGAACAGCCUACGCGAGGAGUUGGAGCGGGCGCAAGCCGCUAUGGCCCGCUUGCACGCCGACAAAGAUCGCUCGACGGCGGACCUCGACAAGGCCAGGGAGGAGCUGGAGCGCUCACAGGCUACCUUGGGAAAGGCCCAAUUGCAACAAGACAAAUUACAGAACGCCUUGGACAAAGCUCAGACAGAAGUCGACAAAUUGCAGGAAAAAUUCGACAAAGCUAUGGCGGAAGCACGCAGGAUCCAACUAGAAAAAGAAAAACAAGGGUACGAUUUCGAGAGUGUCCAAUCGCAAUUGGACAAGGCUCUCGGGCAAUCUGCUCGGCUACAGAAGGACAAGGAUACGGUCCAAUUAGAAGCAGAUCGUCUUAGGGACAAGUACGAAAAGUCACAGAUUGCCGCUACCAGACUGCAGAAAGAAAAAGAAAGCUUCCAGGAAGAAUGCGAUAAGAUGAAGGAGCGCUUGGAGUUGCAACUGAACCAGGUUGGUAAGCUGCAGCGUGAGCGCGCCGACAUCGAGACCGAGCUCGACAUCCUCAAAGAACGAUGGGACAAGGCCCAUAUGCUCCAGCAAAAACUCCAAAUUGAACGUGACGACGCCUAUGGCGAGAUCGAGCUGCUCAAAGACAAGUUGGACAAGGCGAUGUACUCUUCCCAGAAGGCACUGGAUGAUCGCGAUUCGCUCAACAAAGAGUUCGACAAGCUGCUCGAAAAAUACGAUAGAUCUCAGAGCGAACUCUACAGAAUACAGAACAAAUUGGACACCGUACAAGCAGAAAAAGACCGCCUGGAAGUCGAGGUAGACAAGCAACAAAACUUCCAGAUGAAGACCCGCGACGACCAGCGCAAACUACAAGAAGAAUUGGUACGUCUACAAGAGAUGUACGAACGUGGACAAAUGCAACUCGCGCGUACCAAGGAAUUGGAAGAGAAAUCCAAGGAAGAACUUGGUAGAAUGGGUCUGGAGUUGGACAUGGUCCGAGAACGAUACGAAAAAUCACAACUAGACGGCCGAAGACUCCAGAGUGAGAAAGAUAAACUGCAAUCAGAAUGUGAACGGAUGCAGUACGAAUUGGAGAGGGCCCACGCGCAAGGUAACAAAGCCCAAGCGAGCUAUGAAAAGGCCCAAGAGGAAGCCACUCGACACUCAAUCGAAUUGGAUAAGAUCCGGGACAAACACGAAUGUCUCCAGAAUGAAUUCCGAAAAGUCGUUGGUGAAUACGAUUCUCUGCGUGAGACAACCACUAGUUCCUCAAGUAGGUACAGCAAAUAUGACCGGGAAGAAGUGCGUACCAAAGAGGAUAAUGAUCGUCUACGUGCAGAAGUUGAACGUCUACGUGAACGACUCGAGAAGACCUUGACUGACCUGGAUAGAGCACGGAAGGACUUGGUCCUGGCUGAAACCAGCCGUGGUAAGUACCAAUAUGAAGAGAAGGAAAGAACCGCGGAAACUGAACGCCUACGAGAUGAAGCUCAACGCGUCGCGGCAACCAACGCUCAGCUUGAGACCAAACUUCAUGAACUCUCACUGCAACUGGACCUUGCAAGACAGGAGGUCAAUAAAGUCAGCGGUGGGCAGGACAAACAACGACAUGAACUCGAGCGUGCUGUUAUUGAAUGUGAGAAGUUGCGUGAUCGCCAUGAGAAACUCAAAGUUCAAAUGGAGAAGCUCCAGAAGGAGAACGAGAAACUCCGCGUUGAAUUGGCACAAACCGAGAGGAGACAAACCCUUGCCGCGGAUAGUGUACGAUCUGAUGAACGCCUGGAGGUGGAGCGUCUCAAAGAGAAACUCGAGAAAGCAAUCCAGGCGAGAGAUGCCACUGAAUUGGAAGCUGGCAGGUUGGCCCAGGAGUUGGAGAAGUCCCAAAUACAUCUCGCCAAGGCCUUGGAGACAAACGAAGCUACCAAGAUUGAGUUUGAACGCAUGGCCAAUGAGUUGGCAAGGAUGCACGAACACAUCGAACGUGAAAAGAUCGAAUGGAAGACAAUGGAGCAGGAGAGAGAUGUCCUCCGAGCAGAAUUGGGACAAAUGCGAAGUGGUAUGGAUACCCAACGUAGGACCAUUGACCACCGCACACAGGAAACCAUUGUUAAGCUACAACAAGAACUGGCGCAGGUUUCCAGGGAACGAGAAAAGAUGGUCUCCAUGUUGGACAAACAAGGUCGACAGGGUGACUCUGUCGAAAAGCAGAUAGUAAAAUACGAAGCGGACAUCAAACAGCUAACAACAGAAAGGGAUCAACUUGUAUUGCAAUUAGAAAAAUCCCAGGAUAUGUUGAUGAAUUUCCAGCAGGAAUUAAACCAGUCCGAAGUGGAGUUGGAGAAACAAAAAGCGGAAGUGACAAAGCUCAAGAACGAACAGAAGCGUAUGUCGCAAGAUGUAGAAAGAGGUACCAAGGAAAUGCUGGAGAACCGCGACAGAGAAAUUCAAAAACUGCAGCAACAAUUACAAGCAAUCCAGAAAGAAAGAGAUACUCAUCGGCAGAGAGCAGACAAAGCAGAGAAACGAUUGCAGGAGACAGGCGCGAGAGGGGAUAGCGAAUUGGAGCAAUGGCGUAAGGUCGUCGAACAGGAGACAGCGAGAGCUGACCAGGCAGAGAAAACCGCACAGGAUCUCCAGAAACGCAUCCAGGUUAUGGAGAAACAACUGCAGCAACAAUUGCAACAAAUGGCGCAGUUCCAACAGAAAGGAAUGCAACAAGGCCAGCAACCACCUGCAGUGGACGACAAAGAGGUACAACGGUUAAGAAAAGAAUUAGAGAAAGCACAAGCGGAUCUCAAGAAUUCCGGCACCGAAAAGGAACGUCUGCAAGCACAGCUGGAGAUGUUGGUACAAGAACUCGAACGCAACCAGAUGGAGUUGAUGGAGGCAUCGAAAAAAAUGCACAACAACGUUGGGGCCAACGCCGCAGUGGGCAAACAGGCUGAAGAGCUAGCAAUGGCGAGGAAACAAUUCGAUGAACAGCGUAGACAAUUCGACGAACAACGCAAGCAAGUCGACGCUAAGCAUAAGCAGGUGAUGGAGAAAGAGAAGCAAUUCCAAGCAAUGGAUCAGGAUCUGCGCAAUCGCAAAGCACAGAUGGAUCAGUUAGAGCAGCAGCUUAAGAAGGCCGGUGGUGGUGCUGCAGCUGCCGGUGAAUUGAAUAAAAAGCUUGCUGCUGCUGAAGAAGCGCUCAAAAAGGCCCAGGAAGAUGUAAAACAAAAGGAAAGCGAAAUGGAGCGACUUCUGCAAGUGGUACAGAUGAGUCAAGAAGAACAAAACUCCAAAGAGAAGACUAUAAUGGAAUUGCAACAAUCGUUGAAAGCAGCUCAGACGAAACUGAAGUCUCAACAGCAAGUGAAUGCACAAUUAGAAGAACAAAGAAAGCAGGAGCAAGAACACACGAGUGAUAAGCAAAUGGCGGAUCGAGUCGCGCAAAUGGCGGACGCGCUGAGGGCCAGUUAUCAGAUCGUCGAGGAGAAGGAACAGGAGUUGAGGAAAGAGCAAGAAAAUAGGAGCAAAAUACUUGAAAAGGUGGCAAAAUUAGAACAACGUCUUCUAUCGUUACAAUCAGCCCGGAAUCUGAAAUGUCAUGAUUGUCGACCGGUUGUUUUAAAAAUGAACGCCUUCGAGGAGAGAUUGAAGAUAUUAUUGAAUGAAAGAAGGCAACAGAUGCAAGAAUUAGCAAAUAUGAAAAGGGAGGCGUUGGAAGCUGCGAUAAGUGAAAAAGAUGCCCAUCUUGCCCUCUUGGAGAUCACAGGAAUAAAAACAGCGCAGCAAGAUGAGCAACAAGAGCGACUCAAAGUGGAUCGACGACGAUUAGUUCAACAACUCAAAGAAGAGAGUGUUCUCAGCGUAUCGCCAUUAAUAGAUCAAGAUAAUCACGAGCACGAAGACUCGACGUGACGUCUGCUGAACGAAGACAAUUCUUAAACGAAUAUUAGUUGAUAAUUACGCAGGAAAAUCACGAGAUUCUCAAACAAUUCGAUUUUGCGACGAAGCACUGCCUAAAAAACCACUCGAACGUUAUCUUUAUCAAUAUUGGAUUUAACAAACAAACACACACAAAAACACACACUAAUAAGCGAAACUGUUGAAAGUGCGUCCUUGUAUGUUGUGUAAAUUAUAAAUGUUGACGAUUGUUGUUGCCGACAUGCAAACAAAAAAAAAACGCAAAUAAAGCGAAAAACGCAAACAGUAUUCAUUUCCGCAUGGUGCGUGCAACACACACACGCAUUCACGAAUAAAAACCCUCUUCACGCUUUCUUCCACGCAACAAAAAAAAAACGAACAAAAAACGGAAAAAGUUUCGCCAGCUUGCUGAACCAAAGGUAAAUGUCUACAAAUUAUGAAAGUUAUGAAAUUAAUUGACAAUAAAUUACAACUAAUAUAACCCUUAAAGGACGCAAACAAAAAAACAAGAGAAAAACGUGUGCGAUUCGAACAGAUUUGCAAGUCGGAAGUCAAAAAGCAAGCGAAUGAACACAAACAAAGCAAAUAAUUUAUUAAAUGAUAAAAGAUGAUGAAGAAAACCCAAGAAAACAAAUGGAAAUAGUUAUUUCGGUGUAUAAAGAGUUAAUUAAUAAUUAAGUCAAUACGUACAUAUAUGAUAUAUAAAUUAUUCUAGAAGAGAAAGCGCUAUGUAUAAAUAUAAUUGUGUUGAGUUUUGCGAUACGUUAUCACGACAAACACACCAAAACAUCCACAGAAAUGUUAUUCCAUCUUAAAAACAUGAAAAACAUAAAAAGUGUGUCUGUUGUCUUUAAUAAUGUGUAAAGAAAAAGCUAUUUAAGUACAAAUCGUUACCGUUAGCGAAACAAACCAACAUCAUAAAUGUACAUUACGCAUUCGUAUGUUAUAUAUCGAAAUAUCACUCGCUACACUUGGAAACAGUAAACCAAACAAACGCUAAACUAAAAUUAUAAACAGUAACGCGAAUCAUCAUAUGGCUAUUUACGAUUUACACGUUUAGAAUGAAUUACUAUUGGACAGAUGAUGAGAACCGAUGCAUAUAAAUGUUUUAAUCUUAAGCGGGAAUGAUAAUGCCUUUGUAUCAUACCGAAAACAGCUCUCAAAAACAAACAAAAAACCAAAGAAUACAUAAAAUGUCGACUUCUUGUACAUUCGCAUGAUUCACACUAGUCAUCGUCCUACAGCCGGCGGGAGCAGAUGAAAGAAUGCUGAACAAGUAGAGAAAACUAAACGAAAAUUGAUUGGUUGAAUAAUGAAAUAUAAAUAAAAGUAUAAAUAUGAUAAUUAUUAAUGUUAUUACGAGUAAGAGUAUUAUUAAAUUGCAUUUUUAGCUAAAAACAGAUGAUCAUGCAAAUGAUGAUGGCGAGAUGUGUAAUAGAGAGGACGAUUCAUUUCAUUUCAUUAGGUAAUUAUUAAAUCGUUAAGAGGCUAAAGUGUUGAAACAAAAACAAAAAAAAAACAACCAACAACUAAUAUUGAAAUAUUGAAACACCCUACAAGGAUGGAGAACAAGUGCACGUGGUCGCAAACUGUCAUAUCAUUAAUAUCUAAUUAAGGGCCGAGCAACACUGCCAUCCUCGUGCCAUUUCGAUUCGAAAUAUUGUAAUUAAUUGAUAUACAUAUAUCUACAUGUAUUUAUUAUUAUGAUUAUUAUGGAUUAAUUAUAAUUAUGUAAUUGUAAUCGAGCUGAGGUGAGACACGAAUCCACGAGAUACAUAUUUACACCCACCAAACACACACACACACAAUCAAUUUAUGUCUAAUGUACAGUUUUUAUUUCUACACACACUUGAGCAGCGGCCAUGUUGACAAGACUGGCGCGUUGGCAGAGGGCGUCGCGAUCGUUCGCUGAGCUAGUGUAAUCAUUAAUCAUGAAAAGUCAUAUCUUUCUCAAAGUCUAGAAGAUUGGCAUGCCCUUUGUCAAUGGCGCCGCACAAACCGAUAAAAAACUGACACACGCAACACUGAAAACGUACAGUCCAACCAGUAGACGACAAACGAGUUCAACUACUCGUGGCAAUUGUGUGUAGCUUAGAGAAUCUAGCGAAUUAUACCGAAUAAAGACCAAAGCGAUGUGCACACACACACACAAAACUCACUUAAACUCUUGUACCUCUUGUACGACUUACUUACUAAACCUUCGACUUUUACAUGUUACGAGUUCUAUUCGAUGACAAAUGAUGAAAAACGAGCACAAACUUAUUAUAUCGCUGCAAAAACUGUCCGCGCUUCAAGCAUCUCUUUCGAUCUGUACAUUUUCCCUCAGAGCCCACUUCGAACGUACUGUAUGUAUGUCUAAGGAUACGACGACUUAACUUUUCUAAUGACUAUAUUGCUUGCGUAGAAAACUCAAAUGAAUUUAGCAAAACACACACACACGAAACACACACUUAAUCGAUUGAGGAACGACACUUUUUUCAUAACAAGUAACAAAUACGGAGAAUGUAAAUGUAAGAUUUUCAAAUCAUGCUGAGAUUACGAGGCGAUGAAUGCAAGAAAAGCAUUCGCUGGUUGGACACAUUUGUGAGGAGAUUGCGUGAUGGAUGCGAAACAGCCCCCAGAAAGUGGAGAAGCAUGUAAUUAAUAUACAUAUUUUAAGAUUAAUUAUUAUCUUAGUAUUCGAUGAAGGUAACACAAGACGAAAAACAAAAACCAAAGCAAACCGAAACAAAGUACACAUGAAUACCAAGUAUAUAAGUAAAAGUAACUUAAACUAUUAAUUAAUUUAACGACUAAAUAAAUACAAAUGAAAUAUGUGAACAUAUAAGAAAUGAAGAAAAAACGCAUGUAAGUAAAUGUAAACAUUUGUUGAUUAUACAUAUGAUUGACUAUUGAUAAUUAAAUGGCAAUUAAACUAAA